CUGCCGCUUGCGCCGGGGCGGGGAGCUUUCCACUUCACGGCCGGCCCUACCGGAAACCGACCCGGCUCGUUCGCGAGGCGAGACCGAUCGAAAGGCCGGCUCGCUCACAAGCAUCAAACUUUUCCAGACUGACGCGGAUAGAUACGGAGCGAGUGCUAAAGCAAAGCGAGAGCGCUCUGCUGCUGCUGGUGGUAGCCGCCGUCGUGGUAGCUGCAGCGGCAACGUCCCAGUCCUUUUUUUGCCAAUUGCCAUCGAGCAGCGGCAUCACCUGCACCGCCGGCGCGUGAUUGCACCACGAGCCGUGGUGGUGGAGGCGGCUCAGGCGGGAGUUGAGGAGGAGGGAAGAGGGUGGUGGUGGACUACUGGAGACCGAGCGGCGGCGUCGAUGGGCGUGCACGUCCGGUCGAUGAGCUGGUACCUGGGCCCGCCGGGUUCGCCGGCGCCGGCCGGGAGCGCGGCCGCGGAGGCGCAGCACGCGCUGAGCAGCAACCCGGGGGGCAGCGACACCAGCUUCGACACCAACAUGGUCAUCAUCCUCGCCGCGCUGCUGUUCGCGCUCCUCUUCGCGCUCGGGCUCAACUCGCUGGCGCGGUGCCUCAUCCGCUGGGCGCGCCGCGCGGCCUCGGUGGGGGAGGGCGGCGCUGGCGCCGGCGCGGGGGGCGGCAGGGGCGGGGGAGGGCUCAAGAGGCGCGCGCUCCGGAGCCUCCCCGUCGAGGUCUACGGCGCGUGCAGCGCCGACGGGAGCGCGGCCGGCGCCGCCGACGUCUGCGCCAUCUGCCUCGGCGAGUUCGCGGACGGCGAGAAGGUGCGCGUGCUGCCGCGCUGCGCCCACGGCUUCCACGUCCGCUGCGUCGACACCUGGCUCCUCUCGCACGACUCCUGCCCCACGUGCCGCGGCACCGUGCUCGACGCCGCCGCGGCCGGCAACGCCAAGGCCGCCGCCUCCGCCCCCGCCGCCGCCGCCGGGGGUAGCCGGCGGCAGGGCAGCGAGGCUGCCGCUAUCGCGGUGGUCAUCGGAUGACGUGGACAGGAGUGUGGAGGCCCGCGUGCCGAUUGUUGGCGGGGGCCACAGGUAUGCGAGCUUUGUUCCGUGACCGUCAGAUAUUUUGCGAUCAGAGACCAACGGCUGGGCCCCUCACAUGUAUGUUUUGUACUCCUAGUUGCCUAGGUGGCUAGGGCCGUGUUUAGUUUGGCGAAUUUGGGGGUGCUAAAUUACUGUUACAGCACUGUAGCACACUGUAGCGUUUCGUUUGUAUUUGUGAAUUAUUGUCCAAAUAUUGACUAAUUAGGCUCAAAA